AUGACUUUGCAGCUCCUCCUCCUACUCUGCGCCGCCUCCAACACCAUCCCAACCCUCUCGGCCACCACCACCGCCUACCCCUCUAACCUUGGCGCCACCGAAACCGCCGACUGCUCACUCUCCAAUAUCAACAUCAACACCAACAACAAAGACGACCUCAUCCCGGUUCGCCGAGAAGUCUAUGAUGGUGGCCGAAUCAUCGAUAUAAGCCAUAGGUACACCUCGGACAUGCCGUCGUGGGAGUCAACGGAGGGGCUGGGCCAGUUCCUCUCGCUCCCGCUUAGCAUGAAAAAUGGCUCGCUCGCCAACGCAUCAGAAAUGAAGCUGAUCGUUCACACCGGUACGCACGUUGACGCGCCCGGCCAUGUCUUUGAUCACUACUACGACGCCGGCUUCGAUGUCGAUACGCUUGACUUGGAAGUACUCAAUGGUCCGGCAUUAUUAGUUGAUGUUCCAAGGGAGAAGAACAUUACUGCUGAAGUUAUGAAGUUUUUAAAUAUUCCUAAAGGAGUACGUCGUGUCCUUUUCAGAACAUUGAAUACUGACAGGCGGCUCAUGUUUAAAAAGGAAUUCGACACAAGUUACGUGGGAUUUACGACAGAUGGGACAAAAUGGUUGGUGGACAACACGGACAUCAAACUUGUUGGAAUUGAUUAUUUAUCUGUUUCUGCCUAUGAUGAUUUAGCACCAUCUCAUCUUGCCUUUCUGGAACGCAGGGAAAUCAUCCUCCUGGAAGGCCUAAAGCUGGAUGACAUCCAGCCAGGAAUAUAUUCUGUCCAUUGCUUACCUCUUAGGUUGCUUGGUUCCGAUGGAUCACCCACAAGAUGCGUUCUCAUCAAAUGAUAAUUUCCUUGAACAAUGUUAGCCCAAUGAGGUGUGCAUUGAGUGCCUGGAAUAAGACUGAUACAGAGGUUUUCUUGUGUCUCAAUAAUGCUGGAGAGAC